AUGUAUGGCCUAGCCGGCUGUCGCGGGCAGCAACCGGCACUCUCUCAUGGUGGAAUCCGGAAAGACUGCGACUCCUCGUCCUUCAUUCUCUCUAUUGUGAGUGUUGAAACGUUAAUGGCGAAGCAAGAACAAACAGAGGUAUGGGUAAAGCACUACUGUUCGUCACAUAACAUACUGUUAGUGGGUGAAGGGGACUUCUCUUUCUGCUUGAGUUUGGCGCAGUCUUUUGGCUCUGCUUCUAACAUUGUUGCCUCUUCUCUCGAUUCAUAUGGUAGCCUUCUCUCACUGUCUCUCUGUUUUCGAUUUCUGACAGAGAAUUUCAUGAAUAUUUAUCUUGUGGAGUUAGUUUAUCAGACUUCAUCCUUUUUUACCCGUUUGCUUGUUCUUUCUGAUGGAAAAGUCAGUGCUGUUUAUUUCAUUCCUGUGGAUGUGCUCAUCAAGAAGUACAAGCAAGCAAAGUCCAAUUGGGAAAAACUGGAAUUUCUGGGCGCCUCGCUUUUACAUGGAGUGGAUGCAACCAAAAUGAGGCUUCAUAAUGAUCUCCGAAUGCAGAAGUUUGACAGAAUUAUCUUCAACUUUCCUCAUGCAGGCUUUCAUGGUAAAGAAGACAUGAAACAUGUCAUAAAGAUGCAUAGCAACCUUGUAAAUGGAUUCUUUAACAAUGCCAGUUGCAUGCUACGAGUUAAUGGAGAAGUUCAUGUCAACCACAAAACUAAACCUCCAUUUUCCCACUGGAAUAUUGAGGAAAUUGCACAACAAAAUUCUUUGGUGUUAAUUGAGUGUGUUGAUUUCCAUAUAGAGGACUACCCAGGUUACAACAAUAAGAGAGGAGAUGCUGACGGGGAUUCUCAAUGGCUUCAAGCAAAUUGUUAUGCAUAUGGAGUACCUCAACCCAUAGUUCAUGUUAGGGAUGAAUGCUAUAGAAUCUUCAGUGAGUACUUUAAUCAUGCCACGGAAACAUUUGGAAGAAUAGAUUACAAUGUUUCUUACUCUGUUCACGAGGCAUUGAAGCUUGGUUUUGACAAAUACAUGGCUGAAGGAAGGAAUUCAAAUGGGUACCUGUGGAUUUUGGAAGAGCUUCACCAUUUGACCAUUUUGAGAUUGGCUUGGUUAAGAAACAUGCUGGGUGGUGAUCGCUUAUAUUGA